CUGUCGACGCCUCAUUGUUUGUGUAUCUGCAGUUGCUUGGCUCAGGGUGGCGAGUUUGCGCUGUCCGCGACGCUUACUGACCUCCUGAGACCCGCUGUGUGUGUGUGUGUGUGUGAAGCGCUCAGCUGUCUGUCAUAAACCAGCACAACAGCACGCGCUUCUCCAGAGCAAAGCAGACAGCACGCGUACAGAGGCGCUGGCGACAGCUGAGUGGGGUCUUCAGAUAUGCACAGCUAGAUUAAAGCAAAGCGAGCCAGUAUCCGCGUCAAAAUGGACUGGUGUAUAGGCGAACUAACGUGAAAACAUCCUCAAAUUGAUUUAGCCCAGCGUUGUACUUGAACCACGGGAUGAUCUGUAGUAUCUUGAUGUUUACUCUCGAAGCUUUUGCAUUGAAGCGCAACGUUCACGUUUGACAGCCCUGCGUAACAUUUCGUCCGCGCUGAACAUGACAGAGGACAUAAUGACGGCUGUGCGCCGAAAUCUUUCUCAAACAGCAGGUGCCUCGGGACAAAAGGAUAGCGGACAAACUGAACCGACAAACGGGGCGAUUCCUUCCUCCUCACCCGCGGAGCUGAGCCAGGACUCCGCGUCCUGCACCAGCGAACUGACGCGCACGUGGCUGCAGUUCGCCAAGACCUUCGUCGUUAUCUUCCCCAUAUAUGUCUUGGGUUAUUUUGAGUUCAGUUUUAGUUGGCUUUUAAUCGCCCUCACUAUAUUUUUCUUUUGGAAAAGAAACACUAGGUGUAAGAACACUAGGUUGAAUAGAGCACUUUCGUUUUUUGAGCAAGAGGACACAGUUAAACAGGAGCUGGAGGCAACUGAGUUACCAUCAUGGGUUCAUUAUCCAGAUGUGGAGAGAGUUGAGUGGCUAAAUAAGACAGUGAAACAGAUGUGGCCUUACGUGUGUCAGUUUGUGGAGAAGCUGUUUAAAGAAACAAUCGAGCCAGCAAUCAAAGAAGCCAAUGCCCACCUCAGUACAUUCAGCUUCACCAAGAUCGAUCUCGGCGAUAAGCCUCUCAGAAUCAAUGGGAUCAAAGUUUACUCUGAGAACGUGGACAAACGGCAGAUCAUCAUGGACCUUCAGAUCAGCUAUGUUGGAAAUACUGAAAUCGAUGUGGAUGUCAAAAGGUACUACUGUAGAGCAGGGAUCAAAAGUAUACAGCUACAUGGAGUUCUGCGGGUGAUUCUUGAGCCACUUUUGGGGAAUAUGCCGCUGGUUGGUGCUCUUUCCCUCUUCUUCCUCAAGAAGCCACUAUUGGACAUAAACUGGACAGGCCUCACAAAUAUAUUGGACAUUCCAGGGCUUAAUGGCUUUUCAGACCACAUGAUCCAGGAUAUUAUCAGCACUUACAUGGUGUUGCCUAACAGGAUCACUGUACCACUGAUAGGUGAGGUUGAACUGGCCAAGCUUCGUUUCCCUAUGCCAAAGGGAGUUCUAAGGAUUCAUUUUCUUGAAGCUCAGAAUCUGGAAGUUAAGGAUACAUAUCUGGGCGGGCUGAUCAAAGGGAAGUCUGACCCCUAUGGCAUGCUGCUGGUUAGCAAUCAGCUCUUUAGAAGCAAGACCAUCAAAGAAUGUCUGCACCCCAAAUGGAAUGAGGUGUAUGAGGCACUAGUAUAUGAACAUUCAGGACAACAUCUGGAAAUUGAGCUCUUCGAUGAAGACCCAGAUAAAGAUGACUUCUUGGGCAGUCUAAUGAUUGACUUGAGUGAGCUUCAUAAAGAACAGAAGGUUGAUGAGUGGUUUGACUUGGAAGAAGUUACUACAGGCAAACUUCAUCUGAGAUUAGAGUGGCUGUCAUUGUACCCGAGUGCUGAGAAACUAGAUCAAGUAUUAAGGAGCAUAAGGGCUAAUGAAAAUCUUUCCUCCGCUCUGCUAGUUGUUUACCUGGACUCUGCCAGUAAUUUGCCGACCAAUCCUCUUGACUUUAACCCUGAUGGCCGCAAACCCCCUUAUAAAGGCCUGAAGUCUGGGAAAAAAGUGAGCAUAGAUCCAAAUCCUUUUGUCAAACUGACUGUAGGACAAAAGAUGUACACAAGCAAGGUGAGGUUUAAAACUAGUGAGCCACUGUGGGAGGAGGCUUUUCACUUCCUUAUCAACAACCCCCGCACUCAGGAACUGGAAAUUGAGGUGAGGGAUAGUAAGCACAAGUGCUCUCUGGGUAGUGUGCGGGUGGCAGUUGCUUCUCUCCUGAAGGAGGCAGACAUGACACUGAAUCAGCAGUUCCCCCUGCAUAACUCUGGCCCCAGCAGCACCCUCAAACUCAAAAUGGCUCUCAGGGUUGGUGUGUCUGUCCUCUGUUUAGAGAAGGAGGUCACAUCCAGCCAGCCGUCUUCUGUCCGGGUCAGACACAGUAGUCAGAAUGACUUUUGCGUGACCCCUCAACCUCAAACAGUCACUAGCACCAGCAACUCCACAGUCAUCCAGCCAUCACAAAACCCAUCUUGUACCCUCGCACCGGACACUCCUCAAGGGAAAAGAGGAUCUGAUGGCUCCCCGGUGCGGUUAGCAGAGGCAGGCCGCAGCGUCUCCAGUCUGGAGAUAAGCAGCUCGCACAACCAUCAGUCUCACAGAGACUCUACACCUAGUCUGGCCUCUGACAUUUCGCUGCCAUCUGCCACACUGGAACUGCAGCAGAGGUUACAGAAGCUACAAAACGGCUCUGGGCUGAGACAGUAUCCACUCGGUGAAGUCCAGCUCACUAUCCGACACAGCUCACAAAGAAAUAAACUUAUUGUAGUGGUUCAUGCCUGCAGAAACCUCAUAGCACUGACUAAAGAUGGUUCAGACCCAUACAUCCGUCUUUACCUGUUACCAGACAAGAGCCGGAGUGGCCGCAGAAAAACCAGCACACUCAAGAAGACGCUCAAUCCUAUCUACGACCAGUCCUUUGAGUUCAGUGUGUCUAUAGUGGAACUGCACAGGAGAACUUUGGAUGUCGCUGUCAAGAAUGGAGGAGGACUGUUGUCCAAACACAAAGUACUACUAGGCAAGGCACUUGUGGACUUGGCAAGUGAAGACAUUUCAAAAGGAUGGACUCAAUGGUAUCAUCUAACGGAGGAUGGCUCGAAGAAGAUAAUUCAGAUGUAGUGGUCCAUGCUAGAAAGCAGAAAUGAAUGGAACAGCAGAUAACUGGGACAUGUCACGGCACGCACAGGAUAAUGUAGAGGCUUUAGUAGCAGAAGAGCAGUGCUGAUUCUAACUAAACCAGGCUACUUCUACUGGGAUUUACACUGGCCUACAAAGUGUCUCUCUCAUUCUCACCAAAAGCCAAAAUUGCCACCUGAAGCAUCUGUCCCGCUUACUUUCACUUUCUCAAAGGAUUCAAUCUGAUAGUCUUUUUAAUUUUGUCUGCUUGUUUGUUUUAUCCUUUUAUUCAUCUUAUUGGUGUUUGGUCGCAUAACUUCACUUUUUAUCAGAUAAAAAUGGUUGCCCAUGAAGUUAUGAAACAACAGUAGACAAAAAGAGCAUUAGAUUUAUUAUUAAAUGUGCCUUUAUUUAUUGUAUUCAAGUUAUUUUGAUAAUAUUAAACUUUUUGAUUUCUUUUUAAUACUAUGUUUUGUAAGCAGUCAAUCAGAAAAAAAAUGUAAUGUUGCUGGUAAGUCAGACAUGUUAUUGUAGCAUUGUUGUUUGUUUGAGGCAGUAUAUUACACAAAACACGUGGCCAAAGACAUGGUUGCAAGGUUGCAAGUGCAAAAGAAAGGCUAUACGUAUGGAUGUAUAUAUGUAUGUAUGAACAUUUCCUUUUCUUUAGAUUUUUUUUCUUUAGAUUUUUACAGUUACGGAAAAUCCAAGCUAUGUUCAGCUUUUCAAAAAUGAUCCAUUGAUAAUUUAUUUUUAAAGUAUUUUACUGUAUCCUGUUGCACAACACAAGAUGAACAGCCUGUAAAGAAAUGUUUGAUACCCAUUUUGUCUGCAAGAGUUUUAUGAGGAAAAGCAAAAUGUGUUUUUAGUAUGCAACAUUUGUAAGAUGAUAAUAGCUUGGUUACAAAGGGUUUUGGAUUGUUUCAAGACUGUGAAAUGGCUGUUGAUAUGUUUUCCAGCCUUAUUCUUCUCUAUGCAUUAUGCAUGAUAUCAUUAAAAUAUGAAAUGCAACAUGAAUCACAAUGAACUUGUAACUUGAACCCAUUUUAGAGUUAAAGGGCCUGAAUGCAUUUUAUUACCUUAAUUGUUUAAACAGUUAUUUUAAUUUAGUGUCUAUUCGUACUUUGUUUUUAAGGUCGGGUCAUUCCUGGGAUUCAGUGCCUUUUUGACAUCAUAACACUCAAAAAAAAUUGUUUUUAAUAAAUUCUUGUGCAAUCAUGAUAGGGAGCUGUAAAAAGUGAAA